AUGCGGACCAUCUCCCGACUCUCUCGGGGCUUCCCCACAUCUCCCCGCGCGCUCCAAAGCCGGCCCAAAUUUCCCAAGUCGCACUCGGUGUCAUGCUCCCAAUUCUCUCAAUUUGCCCGAUGGAACAGCUCCAGUGCACAAAAUAAUGGAAGUAAUGGCUCCAAGUCUCCGGGGAGUACUCCCAAUUCGUGGACGUUAAACCGAACGCUCCUUGCUUCUGCUCUGGCAGCGGGGGUAGGCUACGGAUUCGCUUCCUUAAAACAGUCAUCCCAGAUGCAGAGCACCCGAAAACCCCAGUAUGGGUCGACAAAAGAUUUUGAGAAGGCUAUUGCCGAAUUGCGCGCAAAGCUCGGCGAAGAAGCAAUUAGUGUCGACGAAGACGACCUUCAGCGACAUGGGUUUUCGGAAUGGUCCAGUAUCAAUGCGGAUCGAUUGCCAGUUGCCAUUGCAUAUCCAACCAGCACGGAGGAUGUUUCGGAGAUUGCGAAGAUCUGUCACAAAUAUAAGAUGCCGAUGGUUCCCUACUCCGGAGGAUCCAGUCUUGAGGGCAAUUUCUCCGCUCCUCACGGCGGAAUGACCAUCGAUUUCGGUCUCAUGAAUAAGAUCAUCGAGCUACAUGAGGGCGAUUUGGACGUCGUGGUUCAACCAUCUAUCCAAUGGAUGGAGCUGAAUGAGAAAAUCAAGGACAGUGGGCUUUUCUUUCCCGUCGAUCCAGGCCCGUCCGCGAUGAUAGGUGGUAUGGUGGGAACGAACUGUAGCGGCACAAAUGCAGUGCGGUAUGGUACCAUGAAGGACUGGGUCAUCAAUCUCACGGUUGUCCUAGCGGACGGCCGAAUCAUGAAGACGCGCAGACGCCCACGGAAAACCUCUGCCGGGUACAAUCUGACGGGAUUGUUUGUCGGCUCCGAGGGAACUCUGGGAAUUGUGACAGAAGCCACCCUCAAAUUGACCCCAAUUCCAGAAGAAACGCGUGUCGGAGUUGUCGCUUUCCCCACGAUGCAUGAUGCCGCAUCGGCUGCUAUGCAGCUAAUUCGGAAAGGCAUCCCAGUUCAAUGUAUGGAAAUUCUAGAUGAUGUCCAAAUGGAUGUGAUUAAUCGAGCUGGUGGCACAGGGCGGGAAUGGAAGACACUGUCCACGCUCUUCUUUAAGUUUUCCGGUACGACUGCUGGCGUCGCCGAUAGCAUCAGCCUGACCAAGGCUCUGGCCAAGCAGAACCAUGCCUCAUCCUUCGAGUUCGCUAAGAAUGAGCGAGAGGCAAACGAUCUAUGGUCGGCCCGAAAACAAGCCCUAUGGAGUAUGAUGGCGCUGCGAAAAGAAGGCUCGGAAGUAUGGUCAACCGACGUAGCCGUGCCAGUCUCUAGACUCCCAGAUAUUAUCGCGAUCACCAAGAAAGAGCUAGAUGAUCUAGGCUUGUUUGCAAGCAUUCUUGGACACAUUGGUGAUGGCAAUUUCCAUUCUAGCAUCAUGUUCGACCGCAAAAACCCCGAGGAGCGGGAACGAGUCGAGAAGUUUGUUUAUGACAUGGUUGACCGAGCUCUUGAGAUGGAGGGGUCCAGCACUGGCGAACAUGGCGUUGGUUUGGGUAAGAAGAAGUCCCUUAAGAAGGAGCUCGGUCCCGAAACAAUUGAUGUGAUGCACAGCAUCAAAACAUCCCUUGACCCUCACUGGCUGCUAAACCCUGGGAAGAUCUUCGAUCAUCCAAGCGAACCAUAA